UCUCCAGUUACUCCUCCUCUAGGUGAGCUCGUGAUGUCACUGCCGACCAGGUGAACUGUCUCAGGGGCUUGGCACAGAUUACCACCGGCACGCUGAUCUUAGAAGGAGGAAGAAGGAGUGACUGGCACACGGGACGCCGGAAUGGCUGUCUCUCGCAUUACCCGUCUACCCCUGGCUGCCGCCGUCUAUUUGGUGGUGUGUUUGGGCCCCAGCCUCUCGCCGGUGGUGUGGGCGGUACCGGAACAAGGCACUUGGUCCAUGUCGGUGUCUAGUGACUCGGGGCCAGUGUUCUUCAGGAAAAUACUAUUUAAUUCUACAAAUAUCAAACUGAAACUUAGUUCUCCUGAAUGUCCAAAACCUGUGACAUUUACAGUUGAGUGGUAUCUGAAAUAUCACCAUUGUUAUAAUCAGUUUGUUAAUCUUGACGAUAUUUUAACAAGAAAACAUGCAGCUGGAGAAAAAGUUAAAGAUUUUUGCCUCAGUAUCCUCCAUCCAGACAUGUGCAUACAAAAUACAGAUAAAAACAUUGUGUGUAACAAAGAAACACAAGCACUUCCUAUGUUGAACCGAAGUUAUAGGGUACCAGAUCUUACUCUGAAGAACAAUACUCCAAGCUCCAGCUCUUCAAAAACAGAAAAAGGACCAAAGGACUAUGAUGUUGUAACUCAAACCUGGCAAGAUGGACCUUACAUCUUUGUAGUCUCCAUAAAAGCAGAUAGUGAUGUAGCAUGGAAUUUAACAGUGUUUGCUUCCAUGGAAGGUCCACAUGGCUUUAUAUCUGCUUCAGAAUGGCCGCUUAUGAUUUUUUACAUGGUGAUGUGCAUAAUGUACAUAUUGUUUGGGCUUCUGUGGUUCAUCUGGUCGGCCUGCUAUUGGAAGGACCUGUUAAGGAUCCAGUUCUGGAUUGCUGCAGUCAUCUUCCUUGGGAUGUUGGAGAAAGCUGUUUUCUAUGCAGAAUACCAAAAUAUCAAUAAUACUGGAGUAUCUUCACACGGGCUACUGAUCUUUGCAGAAUUGGUUUCAGCUGUUAAAAGAACCUUGGCUCGGCUGCUUGUGACUAUUGUCAGUCUUGGAUAUGGAAUAGUAAAGCCUCGUUUAGGUGCACUCAUGCAUCGUGUGGUUGGCAUGGGGGUUCUGUACUUUGUGUUCGCCACUGUUGAAGGAGUGAUGAGAGUCAUGGGGACAAAAGAGUCAGAAAUGGGUUUACUGGCCAGCAUCCCUUUGGCUCUACUGGACUCUUGCUUGUGCUGGUGGAUAUUUGUGAGUCUGGCAGAGACGAUGAAGACACUCAGACUGAGAAAGAAUGCCGUGAAAUACUCACUUUACAGGCACUUUACCAAUACCUUGAUUUUUGCUGUAGUAGCAUCUGUGAUAUUUAUGGCAUGGACCACAAAGAAAUUCCAACUAGCAGAUUGUCCAUCUGACUGGAUGGAACUCUGGGUAGACGAUGCUUUCUGGAGAUUCCUGUUUUCCGUUAUCUUGUUAGUUAUCAUGUUCCUAUGGAGACCUUCGGCAAACAAUCAGAGAUACGCUUUCACGCCUCUGAUGGAUGAUUCUGAUGAUGAGGUGGAGGAGUUUCUAGUAACAGAUCAUUUGGCUGAAGGUAUGAAAUUAAGAGGAUCAAAACCAGAAUCCAAUGGGACGACAAAUCCUACUGCUGCUAACACUGAUGAAGAUUUGAAGUGGGUAGAAGAAAAUAUCCCAUCCUCCUUUGCUGACAUCGCAAUGCCAGUAUUAAUGGACUCAGAUGAGGAAAUCAUGAUGACCAAAUAUGAAAUGUCCAAAAUUGAAUGAUCUCUGCAGAGACUGUCAGGAGUUAUGGAACCAUAAAAACUUCACUGAAAGUCCUGCAUUUUUCUAUAUAUCAUCAGUGUUUGAAAAGUUUAAACUCUAUGGUGUGUUUAAAACACUAUAAACUUGAGUGAUCUUCCAAAUCCUAACUUCCAAGAAACUUCUUUGUGCCGAUGUUUUUUUUUUUUUUUUUUGGUACGUUUCCACAAACGAAAAAAAAAAAACGAAAAGAAAAAACUCAAGCAAUCAAUGUAGUAUUGCAUGAUUAAUGAAGAAAACAUGAUGUUCUUUUAAAUAAAUGUUGCAGUAAUAGGAAUGUACAAUGGAUGAUCUGAAUGUAAUUGUGUGGUCACUUUUACAAUGAAGGAAAGAUAACGGGCAUAUAACAGGUAACCAAGUUAAAACAACCCAUAUAGUGUAAAAAGGCACUAAUUUGAUUUUUUCCUGUUUUGGAUUUGUAUCGUUUAAAGGGGUUGGGAGUUUUACUUGUACUCAGAACUGCCUGCCAUUGCUUCUAGUGCUGCACAGAAGCAUAGUUGUUUCUCUGAGAAAAAGUGCAACUCUUCCUCGAAUGUUGUAUUGCAUUCAUAAUAUAUUGUUGUGCUCUUCUUUUUGUAUUAUUUAAAGAUAAUUAUUAUCUAGGUUUUUUUUUGUGUGUAAGUAAACUUUUUAACAUAUUCAUAACAUUUGCAACUUGUAUAUCCUUCCAUACAUGCUUUCUCUAUUUGAGAGCAAUAAUACCAGUUUAGUUCAUUUCAGAGUCCCGAAAUCUGUGCUUCUUAUUUUCACAUCUGUUUGUAAAUGUGAAUCAUAAUUCAGACAAAACUUUAAUUUGUGAAAAAAAAUAAUAAAGUACUGGGCAUAGCCAGCUAGCUUUACUUUAAUAGAUAUGUUAAAGGUGCAAAAACGCAGUUUUGUUUUUUUAAUAAUUUUUUUUUUUUUAAGCAAAGAAAACCGUUUACCUUCUUUUACGUAAAAAAGCAAGAUUCCGCUUGCUCGCUUUCCCACUGGAUGCUGUCUAUCUUCUCAAAGGCGGCACCAUAGGGUCUACUGUGCGUGCGAUGCUAAAUGCUCAUCGCAGCCUUUGGGGUCAGUAGCCAAGCAUCUGUGUCGUGUAUUUCAUACAGAAAUUCUCAGUAAGUGGAGACUGAGGCUAAGUAAAAGAACAGCUGUGGAAAAAUUGUGACUUGGAUUAAUUCAUUAAUGGUAGAUUUAGGACUCCUAUGUAGGAGUUCUAGAAUAAGACUACAAAGUGAGCUCUAGAUGCCACAGGCUGCAAAUCACAACGGUUACCCAUUUGUAAUCUCCAGUGGAGAUAAUUUAAAUUUAUUGGAGUAAUCUGUGUAAGACCAUAGCAAAUUAACAAGAAUAAACAAAUUUAAGAUGAGACACCUGCCAGAUGUAUUUGUUAACACAGCCCUAUGGUAUCCGCUCAUCUUCUCAAUGCUUUAUGAUUUUGUAAUAUUAAAUGUAUUUCAGCGUGAAGAA